AUGUCUCAGGUGCCUGAAGUUCAUAUGGAGUUUUGACUGCACAAGCACUUACAUCGGACUGCAGACUUUCAGCAUGUCACUCCAAAUAUGAGAUGAAAGUUUGAGAUUUUUUAUUUAUAGAUUCUUAAACAUCCAUGUUAUAUGAUUGUCCAAGAAAAGAGAAGGGAGUGAUGGAAAAACAUGCAUCUGUCGGAUUACUCAGAUAUGUAUCAAAACAUUGGAUCAGCUUUUAUGGGUUUCACUUGCAGAAAAGUGGAUACAGGUAGCUUAUAUCAGCUUCUACAGGUCACCUACAGAAUUGCUACGCUGUUUUUGCUAACAGGUUUCCAACAGAAUAUGAUCAUCAAAUGCUGCUGCAAACCUUCUUUAUUUUCAGUACUGCCACCAUCAUCCAUGAGAGAGGUUAUAUUGUGCAAAUAGGACCAAGCGAGAAUCGUUUGUCUGCAAUGACCUACACUUCAUCGAGGCGGUACUUAAGGUACAAGAUACUGAUGUUCCUAUAAUCAAUCAAUCAAUUACAUGAUGCAGCACAUGGUGCAGAUGAAGCUCCUCACCGCAAGACGGUGAUCACUUGGCUCUUUCAGAGAAUUCAGUCAGCUCAGUGCAUGUUAUCGUCUCAGGUUUCCAGGAGACGAGCAUCCACGUGAGCUUUAUCCUUCAGACAAUCAAUCUGCCCCAGUUAUGGAGGAACAUGAGCUUCAUACCAUCCCCAGCUUGGCAGAGGACAAAAAAGGUGUCUUCAUGCUUCCCUUCUCCUUCCUCCUGCUCUCUUUUGUCAUACUUUGUUAGUUCGCAAGUAGUUUGAAUGGCUUUCCUAUGACUGACAUCAAUGUGCUUCAAAGAUUCAUGAGCUGCCAACCUCAAAGAAGAGGCCACGGUUUCCAACCAGUCCAUUCUUCUCAUUACUCAAGACGCCCAAUGCAAUCUGCUCAGCCAUUAUAUAUACUGCAUGAACUCUGCUGAUUCCAUAUCAAAGAUCACUUUCUUCAGACACCAUGGCUUUAGGAUCGCACUGCUCACUUGUUCUCCCGUUCUUCUGCAUCUUCGUUUGCUACGCUGCUGCUGCUCAUGGUGUGAGGAAGCAGCUCCCAUAUGCACUGGUGGUUGGAACUGUCGACUGCGAUACUUGCUUUCACCGAGAACUGUCGAAGCCCACCCAUUUCAUCUCAGUCGAGUGCGGAGACGGUGCGAACAAGCUCAGCUACAGGACGGUGGCGACGACGAACCGGCGGGGAGUGUUUCGAGUCCGGCUGCCACCGAGGAUAAGCAAGCACCUCCACCUGAUCCAAGCUUGUUCGGUAAAGCUGAUGAAGAGCGAAGAGCCAUUCUGCGCGGUAGCGUCCUCUGCGACGACCGCCGGCCUCCGCCUCAAGUCGUGGAGCCACGGCGUUCACGUCUAUUCCGCUGGCUUCUUCAAAUUCAAGCCCCUCGACCAGCCGGAGCUGUGCCACCGGAACCCGGCGCUCCGAGAUCGGAAGAUAGACCAACCUGCUCUCUCCUUUCCACUUCCGACUAUCAACUUACCAUCGUCGCCGCCUGGUGCCGGCGGGGUUCCGCUGCCAACGAACCCAUUGUUUCAGCCGCCAUCCCUGCUGCCGCCGAACCCACUUCAAACGCCACCGACAGUCCUGCCGCAGUUCCCUCUCCAGCCACCGUCGCCAUCGUUCAGCUAUCCUCCACUUCCAUUUCUCACACCACCGCCACCGCCAGCUUUGCCCUUCCCUGCGACCCCAUUCCUUCCAUUACCCCGGUUCCCUGGACUCCCACUCGCCUUCUCUUCAAAGAAGGCCUCCCCAUGAACUAACUAGUAUCGCCACGAGUGCUUAGGAAUAAAAAAAGAAGCUCUAAGAAUUCUGCUUUUCUCCUAAGAAAAGCUAUUAUGUCAA